GUGAAAUCGACAGGCUACAGCGCCUCUGUCAUCCGGUAAAACUAGGAACCAAACUGACAUCGGGAUGCGAAUAUCACGAGCUGCUCGCGUCCGAGUCAAGACGUAAGCCUUGUUCCGUGCCAUCCAUUCAAGUAUCCUCCAGUUGUAUCAUACUCCUCACAACUUCACAUGGGCAAACAAUUUCCUGCAUCUGAGCUCAAGCGAGACGAGUCCCUCAAAGUUGUAGACAACCGCACUGGGAAGGAGUACACCGUCCCGAUCUCCCACAACUCAAUUCCUGCAAACUUCUUCAAGGGUAUUCGUGCUGCUCCGGGUCCAAAUGACAGACCUGAAGACGAGACAGAACGCGGUUUACGUGUCGCUGAUAGAGGUUUUCUCAACACAGCCGUGAUCGAGAGUCGUAUAACAUAUAUUGACGGUGACAAUGGCAUAUUGCGCUACAGAGGCUACCCAAUUGAGCAACUCGCCGAACGCUCCAAUUUCCUUGAGGUUUCUUAUCUCCUCAUAUAUGGCGCGUUGCCCAGCUCGUCCCAAUUAUCCCACUUCACUAGCGAGGUCCUCCUCCACGGGCCAAUACAUUCUGACGCAGAAGGGUUCUUCCGCUCGUUUAGGUACGAUGCUCACCCCAUGUCGAUGCUUACAAGUGCCUUUGCAUACUUGGGAAGCUACUAUGGGGAAGCAAAUCCGAGUUUGCAGGGGCAAGAUUUGUUCACAAAAGCUGCCAAGGGUGAUCCUGCUGCACUUCAGAACAUGGACAGGCAAAUAUUCAGGCUGAUCGGUAAAGCUACCACAUUAGCUGCCAUGGCAUACCGUAUCCGCCAGGGCCGCGACUUCGUCGUGCCUCCAAUAGGAAUGAGCUAUACAGAGUCGUUCCUCUACCAACUCGACCAUCUCUCACCCACAGACCACCUAUCAGAGCUUCACUCAAACAAGCCGCAUCCUGUUCUUGCAAAGGCACUUGACAUCCUUUUUAUCCUCCAUGCCGACCACGAGAUGAACGCGAGUUCGACGACCGUACUUCAGACUGGGUCAUCGUUACCUGACCCGUUCAGCGCUGUUUCGGCAGGUUGUGCGUCACUGUACGGUCCACUCCAUGGAGGUGCGAACGAAGCUGUUAUUCGAAUGCUUCUUUCCAUUGGCAGUCCCGAGAACGUCCCUGCCUUUUUAGAAGCAGUAAAGAAGCGUCAGAAGGUGCUAAGUGGAUUCGGACACAGAGUAUACAAGACUUCUGAUCCGCGCUCAUUUAUCAUUCGCAAGGUUGCUGAUGAGGUAUUUGCUGUGACGGGCCGUGAUCCAUUGCUUGAUACCGCAAUGGCCCUGCAUGAUGCAGCGCUGAAAGAUGAUUACUUCGUAUCGAGGAAGUUAGCUCCGAACGUUGAUUUCUGGAGCGGGCUGAUUUACCGUGCGAUGGGUUUCCCGAUGGACUUCUUCCCAGUCCUGUUCGUUGUGCCCAGAGUCGUAGGCUGGGUUGCACAUUGGCGACAGAUGAUGCUUUCUCCAUCGGGAGUCAAGAUUUGGCGCCCUCGGCAACUUUACCUUGGCCCGUCCGCACGUGACUAUGUGCCUCUAGAAGAGCGUAUGGGUGCUUUCCAAGUUGGUGUUGGCGUGGAGCCGAGCGUGAUAGAGCAUUCGGGGAUGACGAAGAGGCGGAAAUUGGCCGAGGCUGCUGGAAAGGUCAGGAGUAAACUCUGAGUAUGGGUGUAAGAUUUAUUGUCACUCAUACCGUUGAAUGUCAACGAUGUCGUGCGAA